CUUUUCCCGCUUCCUUCCCCUCCGUGCUCGCCGGGGGCGGCUCCCGGCCCUCCCGCCGCCGCCAUGAGCGAGAAGGGCGAGCUGGACCUGAGCGGGGCCAAGCAGAACACGGGCAUGUGGCUCGUGAAGGUUCCCAAAUAUUUGUCACAGCAGUGGAAUAAAGCUUCAGGAAGAGGGGAAGUGGGGAAACUAAGGAUUGCCAAAAAUCAAGGAAGAACAGAAGUGUCAUUUACUUUGAAUGAGGAGCUUGCAAGCAUCAAUGACAUUGGAGGAAAACCUGCCUCAGUCAGUGCGCCCAGGGAACAUCCAUUUCUUUUGCAAAGUGUGGGAGGACAGACCUUAACAGUGUUCACAGAAAGCUCAGUAGAAAGCCAACCAGAAGAAAAAUCUGAAAGCAGCGGCGCUGACAAACUUUCCCUCGAAGGAAUCGUGGUGCAACGGGCUGAAUGCAGACCUGCAGCUAGCGAGAAUUACAUGAAGCUGAAAAGGCUGCAGAUAGAAGAGUCUUCUAAACCUGUCAGGCUAUCGCAGCAACUAGACAAAGCUGUAACUACCAAUUAUAAACCUGUGGCUAAUCAUCAAUAUAACAUUGAAUAUGAAAAGAAAAAGAAAGAAGAUGGCAAGCGGGCUCGAGCUGAUAAACAGCAAGUGCUGGACAUGCUUUUUUCGGCCUUUGAGAAACAUCAGUAUUACAACAUUAAAGACCUGGUGGACAUAACCAAACAGCCGGUGAUAUACUUGAAAGAAAUUUUGAGAGAAAUUGGCAUCUACAACGUGAAGGGCACCCACAAAAACACAUGGGAGCUGAAGCCAGAAUACAGACAUUAUCAAGGAGAAGACAAGAGCGAUUAACGAAACUGUUGAUGAAGUAAAAGAGAACUGUAGAUUAGUGUGAUUGCACUGAGGAAACCGCUGUGGGUUUACAGACAGGACUGAGCACAGCUCAAUUCUGCCGGAUUACCUUUACAUUAAACCGACUGAUACUUUGUAAUUUCCUCUAGCUUCAUUUUUUUUCAAAGGAAUAUUUCUUGGAAGUUUCUAUAAGUGUCUUUGGACUAAAGAAAUAUUUAUAAAAUAAACAGCUACUAGAUUUAUCUUUACUAGAGAUCUUUUGAGUUCUGAUUUGAUAUUUUUAUUAAUGUAGCUUUGUGGGUUUUUC